GCGGGGCGGGCGGAGGGGGAGCCCGGGGCUGGGCUGGCCGUGGGCCCGCUCCCGCCCUGCUCUCCCCUUUGGUCGGGAGUCUCUGUUUCUCCCCGUCCGCGGGACUCUUCGGGGGUGGGCUUAAAGUACGGGGAGAAAAGGAGCCCGCAGUAAGUCAGGGAGGCUGCCACGCCUGCAGGUGAUCACGGGAAUGGUGGGGUCGCGUCCGUGGUGCUUAGGAGUGGCGUUGCUCUGGGGUGCUUGAGGCUGAAACACCUGCUUGGGGUUUUAGUGGUGAUGAAUUAUUUAGCAGGUAGUGCGGCAGUGGUGAGAGGCCCUUAUCAAGGGAAGCUUCCAGUAACAACUUAAUCAUUGCCAUAAAUAAUUUACGAGUUAACUCAUCUUCCUCUCUGGAAGCAUAGGUGUCGUUCUGUGGAGGCAAUAGACGCGCAGUCAUGCUUCUGCAGUUAGACAGCAGUUUGAAGGGCUGGGGCCAGGUGAUGAGCUAAUGUCUUGGGGAGGCAAUACAAUUGAUAUUAGAGUUGCUGCAUCCCCUCAGGUGGAUUGCAGCAGUUAUGGAGCAGAAUAAAGGUGUCUUCACUGGCAUUUGGAAUGUCUUUCCAUGACAACUUAAAGCCGUUUCACUGUGCGCUGCACUGAACCAUGAGUAGGUAGGGGUUUGGUUGCCCCAUCUUAGCUGAAGAGACUCUUCUAAUUGCUCAGACAAGGUCAUUUCCAGUUGUCCAGUUACACUCUUACCUGCCAGCGGUUGAGUUCAGGUAGUCUGGAAUUGUGGUGUUUUAGUAGCGUAUCCACUUUGGAUAUCCAUCUUGUACUUUUGACUGAAGCUACUGAUGCCCUUCUCCCUUUUAUUGAGAUGGCUGAAUGUUUGCUAGGUCUUUAUCUAUCACAAUUUGUGAUCUGCCAUAGCAAUUUAAGCUACGUUAAUGCUAGCAAGUUGCGCUGGAAACAGGAAUAUAUAUAUGUAUGCACGUUACUAGAACAGUGACUUAACAGCACAGCAAUUUAGGAGGACAUCUGGAGAUAACAGCUGUUGAAACCAAUAUGGCAGAUCCUGGAAAGUUCUUUAAAUCUCAAGGGAUAAUUCAUGUUGUUCAUAAAAAUAAUUUCAAAGAGCUGAAAUAACUUAUGUUUCUGCAAGUUGCUGUUGAAUGGACGCAAGACCUGUAAAUCCGUGAAGGUUUUGAUGUUAUCAAAUUAUAGAAUUUAUAACCCUUCAUUUUACAAUUCUUACAGGAUCUAAAAUAGUAAGAAAAAUGUGUGCUGAGUUUGAAACUGGUUUGGUUGCAGGAGGAGUUUGUCCUUUACUUAACAGUGUGUGUCAGUUUAUCCCUCACCUCUAGAUUCUAGGUCAGAAGGUAUUGUUUUUGCACAUUGCACCAUACCACUCUAUGAUACAAAUGUGCACGUCAACUGAUUCUUUUCAGAGAAGGGGGCUUAGCAGGCCAUUACAUUAGGACACGUAUUUGUCUCUUGCAAUAGUGGACCUCUAUAUCUGUUUACCCUAUCAGUGCUCUGUAGUGUAGCUUGUAUUACUCUCAAAACUUUGGGAAGAAAUACUUGCUUCAGAUAGUGCCCUUCAGAUGAUCACACAGGCACAGAAGUUUAACUUGUAAAGUUUUAUUCUACUAAAUUCUUAAUGCAUUCUUAUUUUUCUGAGGUGUUCAUAACAAUUACUUACUACAACACUAUUUUCCUUGCCUCUUACGUAGGUGAAGUACUAACCAGGAAUAAUAAUGUUUGUGAAAAUUACCUAAAAUACAUUAUAUAUCUAACUAAGUAAAAACUGUGAUUAAGUUGUUAUUUUGUAGUGCAUUGGAAAACAAUGCAAAUCUGUUCACUGUUCCCUUAGAUGUUUGUUUAUUUUUUUCUCUGAAGGUCAGUAGAUCUUCCAUCUCUUUUACUAUGUAAUUGAUUUGGAAUCUAACACUGGAUUUAACAAGGCUGUUCUUUGACUAAAGAAUGAGUGUUCAGGCUUGUCUUUCUUUACAUAUGAUGUUGUUACAGUAUUACUUGGUUCUAAAACUGAUGGAGAGCAACCUCAUGUUCUGCUGGUUUGCCUUCAGUGUAAUGGAAGCAUUCUUGAUUUUAUUUCUGUUUCGCAAUAUGCUGUGCUAUGAAACAAGUACAUAUGCAUUCUGUGUCCAUAAUAUUUGAUGCCGCUGGAAGUCAGCAAUUUUUAGACUAUGUGUUCAAGGUCAGUCUUAUCAAUGAUGUGAUUAUUUAAUUUUUUUUUAAUAUGGGAAGAAUGAGAUGUAGAUGUACAAAUUUGUGGGUUUCUGCAUCUGAAACAGAGCAUAUGUAGGUCCUGUUGAUUUUAAACAAUUGUUUUAUCUGCAUUUAUACUUGGGGAGGUUGCUUAGGGGAUGUUUAGUUGGAGAACAACCUAGCUGGCUUGUGAAAAUGAAAGUGCUUGUCCAUUCAAGAUCUUGUAAGAAAAGCUUUAAUGUAACAAAUAUGACAAACAGGUGUGUGAAAGUAUGUGAUUAAUUAGUGAUUAUUAACAAUGAGUUUUGUAUUAAAAAGUUAAACUGAAUUUUUAGUUUACAGAAGGUGCAUCAUUCCUUUAAAUAUAACUUCAGGUUCCCUAAGUGUGAAACAUCUUUGUUGUUUUGCAAGUUAAGUGCUGCCAUUUCUCAGCAAAGACAAGGGGAUAUGGCAAUUGCUAUUUGUUUUGAAUGCUCAUGAGGAGAAACAGGGAUUUCGAAGAGGGUUUGACAGUGAGGCUGUGUGGUCCAGAUUUUGUGUAACCGGAAGAUUUUGUAAAGACUUUAACAGUAUUGUUUUUUAUAUAAAGCCUGUUUUGGAUUAACAGGUACAAAUGAUGCAGUAUCAAGACUCUGGUCAUACUGGCUGAUACAGCCUUGCAUAUUUAAUUCGCACACCUGUAUGUACAGGAGACUACCAUUCUGGCUUAACCUUGGAGAUGAUGUUGUGAAAGUUGUAAUCGAUUGGAGCAAGCUUCAGAGCACAUCAGCACUUCAGCCAACAUUACUCUUUAGUGCACUUCAGCAGCAUAUUUUAUGUUUGCAGCCUCUUUUAGAAAAACUCCAGCCAUUGAUUAAAGAGGAAAGUGUAGGUCACAUUGAACCUGCAGGUAAAACAGAAGACCAAAGUUGUGAAACAAGUUUAAAUGUUUAUGAUAGUAACUCUCAGACUGAAGAAAAGUAUGCGAAUUAUGACUUGGUAGAUCUGAAGGAUGCGCAUACUAAUUUUGAUCCAGAGGUGGUCCAAAUAAAAGCUGGAAAAGCAGAAAUUGACAGGCGGAUAUCAGCCUUCAUCAAGAGGAAACAAGCUGAGAUCAAUGAAAAUAAUGUCAGGGAAUUUUGCAAUGUUAUUGAUUGUAAUCAAGAAAAUAGCUGUGCCAGAACAGACGCUAUUUUCACACCCUAUCCUGGAUUUAAAAGCCAUAUAAGGGUUUCUAGGGUAGUAAAUACAUAUGGGCCUCAGACUAGGUCUGAAGGAACUCAUGGGUCCAGUCAUAAGGCCAGUGCACCUAUUCAUGACUGUGGAAACCAAGCUGUUGAGGAGAGAUUGCAAAACAUUGAGGCGCACUUACGGUUACAAACAGGUGGUCCUGUACCAAGAGACAUUUAUCAGAGAAUUAAGAAGCUUGAAGAUAAAAUUCUUGAGCUGGAAGGACUGUCUCCUGAAUACUUUCAAUCUGUAAGCUGUUCCGGCAAGAGGAGAAAGGUUCAACCCCCUCAUCAGAACUAUUCAUUGGCUGAACUUGACGAAAAGAUCAAUGCUAUAAAACAAGCAUUACUGAGGAAAACAAAGGAAAGCAAGUCCAAGGAGGCUGAGCAACUUCUUCGAUAAUUAAGAAGUCUUCAGAAUCUCAUUGUGUUUCAUACUUAGCCAAGCCGUAGACCAAGUGGUGUCAAGGAUGACUUCAGCAGUGAAAACAAAGCAUGCGUGUAUAAGCUCUUUUUGGAUGUUUUUGAAAGCUUCCUUUCAGAAGAACUCAUUUAAAAACAAUCUUAUGAAUGAAACAAUUACAUUAAAAUGAAGAAUGUUUUAGAAAUAGCAUUCUAAUAAUCCACUCCCUUCUGUUAUAAAGGAGGACUGUAGUAUUGUUCUUAGGUGGAAGGUCUUAUUCGUCAUAUGAAAGCCACAUCUCAUAUGUACUCCUUGAUAAUCAAGUAUUCAGAAGGGGCUAUCUUUUGAAUAUUUUUCACGGAAGUAGUUUGCACAGGCUUGUGAAAUGAAAUGAAAUAUGUCCUCAUAAGUAAACUGUCACUAGAAAAUAAAAAGGGUAUUACAAAACUUGCAGCA